AUGAUCAAUCUUAUCCAGUUCGAAACCGAUGCAUGGGUCUCAAAGGCACCAAGAACAGGGGACAUCUGGCCCCCACCACCACCAACAACACCAGAUAUCACAAUCGAUUGGCGUCACCUCGAAUCAACGCCAGAGAUCAAAGUCAGUUUGAUCGAUGUGUCCAUUCCACUUGUGAACAUAUGGUCCAAUAAUGGACACAAUGGAACUCGAGGUAUGGGUGGACAAUAUGACAAGUUAUACCUGCUCUCUGAUCAGCUAUUCAAAUUCUUGAUCGCCAAACAUGGUGAUGGUGAUACCCAACGAGAACAGAUUUUCAACAUGUACAUCAAGUUGUUGAAGCUCAACAUGAGCUUGUAUCAACAGGUGACAUCAGUGUUUGGAUUGGAGAAAGUUCAGACUGAGCUCGAUCAAUGGUUCCUCGAGCAACCCACGGUUGAUGAUGUGUGGAAGAGUCACGCAUUCGAAGAUAGGCAUUAUUAUAGAGAUAGGCUCGAGUACCUUUGGGCCAUUCCCGACAAGUGCACAUCACCAUUGUUGACCAACCACAAACAAUAUGUGCUGGACCUCUUGCUCUUUCAAGAUGGCUACAGUGUUGACAGUAUAUUCAAACAGAUGUCGGAUGUGCUCUGCAUGGUCUUGGAAGACGCACAGAACCAUGAUAUCAACCAAAGAUGGUUGAUCAACAUGUUGGAGAAGACUUAUACGAUCGAUCCUAGCUUCAGACUGCUCCAACCAUUCAUCCAACCAAUCGAUCAAUGUCUUCGAUUCUUCCAUCUGCUCGACACCUCCAACAUGAACACAAUCAUCACUCGCAUGGGUCCAUCAUUCAAACAAUACUACAAACAUUGCGAACAACUCAUUGUUGGGACGCUUGAAAAGGGACUUGAGGAACUCAUCUUGCUCCAAGGUAUCGCCAAAUUCUUGGGAGUGUCCUUUGGGUCCAAGAAUAAUGAGGAAGACUGUGGUGCAAUCCUGGAACUAUAUUCAUGGACUACCGCUCAACACCAACACCUUUGCCUGUCUGGUCAAGUCUUAUCCCGACAAAGGAAUGGAAGCAAUAUUGAAGACACAGGAACAGGCACUUAA